UCUCAACCAUAUCACUGGAAUAACCUAAUCCUGUCGUCUUCCGGUUCCUAAUAUAUGAUGUGAUACUGCUUCUGUUGAAUAAUAUACGAUCCGUUUAAGACCUCCUCCUAAGACUUUACUUUUACCCGAGUCGUUCAUUUACUGACAUGAUAUUGGCUCAGUUCUAAAAGUCGAUGAUUAAUCAAGAUUGAUCCAUGUUCCGUAACUUGUCGAACUGAUUAAAUUUUCGAUUAUUCAAUUAAUCAGCUCAUUAAUCCCCGCCCAAUCUAAUAAUUUCUGAUUAAUUCUUCUGUGGUUUGGAGUUUCAUAUAUUCAUACACCAAAUAAAUGCAAUAUACUUAUAUACAUGUAUUAUGAUUCUGAAACUCACAUGGAGUAUAUAUAUUCAGUUGACUUCCAGGCAAUUUUAUUUUUUUCUCCAACCUACUCAUUGCCAUGUCCAGAAGUUGUGCCCCUUCAUAUCUGAUGCUUUGUUAAUGCAUCUCAAUCAUCACACAAAAUACCCCAGAUAUCUUAACUUAAUCAAAUUUAAUCAUAAUAAGAAUAUAAUCUUAAGCAAUCUCCUGACCUUACUGACAGGAGUAUUCUGCUAAAUUCAACUAUGUUACCUCAGAGCUCUGGUUCUCCUAGCUGUGAACGCGUUUUGGACUUGUUUAGUUGUGUAUUAGUCGGUAAGUACGUAGUACUUAAUCUUCAGAUUAUUUUUAAACACAUAUUUGUCGUCGUAAUUACAUUGUUAGGCUAAGCAAUAGAGGACUGCACGUUGGUUUCCUUAUCCUGACAUGCAUCCGACUCUGUUUAGUACAACGUCGAAAUUUAAACAUCUCUAAUGCCUCUGCAGUGCCUUGUAUGCCUUUCAUUUUUGCAUACCAACCGUAAAAUUGCAAUGCUAAGCAUUAUGAGAGAGCUACACUUCUCCUUAUCUGUUUAUGUCUGUUUCUUGCUUCUCUUCGCGGCUUUUAGCUUUACUACAGCAAGCAAUUCGUACUUGCCAGCUGAUAAUUAUCUCAUCAAUUGUGGCUCACCUGAAAGCACCAUGCUUCAAGAUGGCCGAACCUUCAAAUCUGAUUCUCAGUCAGUUUCGUUUCUUUCUACAGAUGAGAAUAUACUUGCUUCUGUUGAUUCGGUUUCUGACAUUUCUUCUUCCUCGUUUCCUCUGUCUCUUCCUCUGUUUUCAACUGCAAGAAUCUUUCGAGAGGAAUCAAUGUACAGAUUUCUUGUGUUUCGUCCAGGGCGCCACUGGCUACGUCUGUACUUUUACCCUGUUACGCACCCUUUGUAUAACCUGACAACUUCUGUGUUCACUGUUAAGACCGAUAAAAUGGUAUUCUUGCAUGAUUUUUCAGUCAAGGAUUCCGCAAGACUUGUGUUUAAAGAGUACCUUGUAGAUGUUACCUCAGACAGGUUUUCUCUUAUAUUAUCACCUUUGAAGAAUUCUUUUGCAUUUAUCAAUGCCAUUGAGUUUUUGUCAGCUCCGGAUACAAUCAUCUCGGAUUCAGCUUCUGCAGUUUCCCCUGUUGCUGAUUUCAAUGGCCUGUUGAAACAUGCUUUUGAAGUAUCAUAUCGAGUUAAUGUUGGAGGUCCCAUCAUCACUCCGAAGAAUGAUACACUUUGGAGGACAUGGCAGCCUGACGUUGGCUACAUGAAAAUCCCUCAAGGUGUUAAAAAUGUGUCUGUAGCACCUGAUGUUGUGAAUUAUCCGGAGGGAGGAGCCACCCCUUUGAUUGCUCCCAACGCGGUUUACUCAUCAGCUAGUGAGAUGGCAGACUCUGGCAUGAUCAGCCCGAACUUCAACCUCACUUGGGAAAUGCCUGUGGACUCAAGUUUUUCUUAUCUGAUUCGGUUGCAUUUCUGUGAUAUUGUGAGCAAAAGCCUCAAUGAACUGUACUUUAACAUUUAUGUCAAUGGUUUGAUGGGCGCUUCAUCUUUUGACCUCUCAGCACUCACUUCAGGCCUCAGUGUUCCUUACUACAGGGACUUUGUGCUCAAUGCUUCAGCAAUUUCAAAUGAUUUGAUAAGGAUUCAGGUUGGACCCUCUUCGUCACUUCAAUCAGCUGUUCCAAACGCUCUUCUAAACGGCUUAGAAAUCUUGAAGAUGAGCAAUUCUGACGGAAGCUUGGAUGGGCUGUUCUCUUCUAGUGAGAAGCACUCGGCUACAUCUACUGCAGUCAAAAUUGCAGAGUUCACUGGCUUGGCACUGGCGGUUGCUGCAAUAGUAUUGCUUGUAUUUACCAUAUGUAGGCGGAAUAGAAGGCCUAGAGAUUGGGAGAAACGACGCAGCUUCUCAUCCUGUUUCCACCCUCUCAAUUCCUCAUCCUUCUGUAUCAAAAGUAAGAGCAGUUACUCGAAUACUUUUACCUCAGGGAUCAAUCUAGGCCGGGUUUUCACUCUCAGUGAAUUGCGCGAUGCAACUAGAAAUUUUGAUGAGACCGCAGUCAUUGGCAUUGGCGGUUUUGGAAAAGUGUAUCUUGGUGAGCUGGAAGACGGAACAUCAUUAGCCAUAAAAAGAGGGAAUCAAAGUUCAUCACAAGGUAUAAACGAGUUCCAAACAGAGAUUAAAAUGUUGUCUAAGCUCAGACAUCGUCACCUCGUAUCCAUCAUUGGUUAUUGUGAUGAACAAUCAGAAAUGAUCCUUGUUUACGAGUACAUGGCCAAGGGCCCCCUUCGCGACCACAUCUAUGGCACAAACCUUCCUCCUCUCUCAUGGCGCCAACGCCUUGACAUAUGCAUCGGUGCAGCUCGUGGACUGCAUUAUCUCCACACAGGCGCAUCCCAGGGCCUAAUUCACCGCGAUGUGAAAACAACCAACAUCCUCCUGGAUGAGAAUUUCGUGGCCAAAGUUUCUGAUUUCGGCUUAUCUAGAGAUGCACCCUCACUGGAUCAGACACAUGUGAGCACAGCUGUGAAGGGGAGCUUCGGAUACCUCGACCCUGAGUACUUCAGGAGGCAGCAGCUGACAGACAAAUCCGACGUGUAUUCAUUCGGUGUAGUUCUUUUUGAGGUUUUAUGUGCAAGGCCUGCUCUAGACCCCACUCUGCCAAGAGAACAAGUGAAUCUAGCUGAGUGGGCCAUGACGCGACAAAGAAAAGGUGUUAUCGAGAAGAUUAUUGAUCCUAGGAUAGCUGGAACUAUAAGUUCAGAAUGUCUGAUGAAGUACGUGGAAGCCGCGGAGAAAUGCUUGGCAGAAUAUGGUGUGGAUAGGCCGUCUAUGGGAGAUGUGUUGUGGAACUUGGAGUUUGCAUUGCAGCUUCAAGAUGCAUCUUCCCAACUUGAUCCUCCAGAAGAAGAAUUGGAGAAUUCGAACAUCGAAAAUUCAGGGCAAUCGAGCUUGAGUGACUCAGAAGAAGAGCCUAUAAUCAUAAACAUUAAUGAUGAUUCUGGUGUGGUAGUAGGCUCUCCUUUGUUUUCGAAUAUCGGUGAUUUUCAAGGGCGCUAAAUUUGACAAGGGAGCCAGAUAAAUGCGAGUGUUUAGAUUUUGUAGAUUGUGUUGUCAAGAGUACUAGUAGUAUUUUCCGCUACAAACUUAAAUUUUAGUGGUUAAUUUAUUUUGUUUUGUUCAGGGAGAAGUUGAUCUCGGUUAAAUUUGUUUAUUGUAAGCUCUGAGGAUAAUUUGCUCUAUAAUCAAAGCACAGAUGCAUGACAGUU